ACUUGCUACUAUACUUCAUGCAUAGCGUAGCGCUGAGUGCGAGCGCGCCUGCCUGCUGAUGAGAUUGUAUGGGAGUGUGUGUGCGCGUGUGUGCGUUUAUCUGCCUAUCGGUGUGUCGUCGGCAGCGGCUAUUAUUUACCCCCGCCAAGUGUAGUUGCCGUUGUGAUUGACAAGCCCAGUGUGUGUUUGCCUUCGAAACGCGUACGACGUGUGCUGUGUAGAAAGCGAAAUAUAAUAAGCGUAAUUUUUCCAAUUCAUUUUGUUUCCAUUUAAGAAAAAGAAAACGAAAAAAAACCACAAACCGCAACAACAAAAACAAAAGAAAAGAUCGCAACAAUAACAGAAAUUAAACGAGAAUAAUUCACUUUAGAUUUUUGCACAGUCUACAACGGUAACGUGUAACGCGAUUUAAACGGUUUAUAAACAAAGUUAUUGUAAAGUUUUCAAAAUAAAACAACAACAACAAGAAGAAGAAAAUGCGGAAAAUCUUCUUGCAAUAAAAAAAAAGAAUAUACAAAAUUGUUUUUCAAAAACAAAAACAAAAAAUACUGUUGCAAUAAUAUUUAAAGAAAAAAAAUCUGCUUGCUCACUGGCGCUAUAUAAACGCCUGAUAUUUAUUGCUUUGAUUGUUACGCGCGCUCCAAACGAACACAAGCGAAGCAAGAAGCGCUGCUCCUGUGCGUUGCAUUGCCGUCGCUAGAAUGCAUUAGCAGGACUUUUGCAUUAUUUAGGAGGAUUUCUGGCCAGGCAGACGUGCUGCAUUGCUGAACAUUAUUUUCACAGCCUACAGACGGUGUCGUCUAGUGUGGCUUGAGAAACGGCCACCACGGCUUGUAGUGUGUGAGUGUGCGUGUGCUUGUCUGCGGUGUCUGCGGUGCCAUCAGUGCCGAUUUCAGCGAGUGCAGCAGCAGAAACAGCGCCUGGGUCCAACAGGCAGGCCGGCCGUUAGUUAGGCAGUCAGUUAGCCAGUAAGCCAGUCAGGCAGCUAACUCAGACGUAAAAGACAAUAGAUCAUUUGCAACUUGCUGCUGCCACUCUAAGCGCUAAGAAAAAACAACAACAAAAUCCAACAGUUGAAAGCAAAUAAUAUCAAUUCAAAAACAGUAUCUAAUAAGCGAAAUUUGUUGAAAAGCCAGUGAGCGCCGCGCAAAUCAAACAACUAACAACAGUAAGAACAACAAUUUUUGACAGUUUUUGAUUAAUCACAGUUAAAUCUGGACGCGCGUGCAUAUGAAAGUUGCAACAACAAAAACUGUGUACAGCCUAGAAAAGUGUUUGUUUUUAACGAAUUUUUCUUUUGUUUCGUCUCGCUUCUGAUUUGAAGAAAAUACAUUUUUUUUAUUUGUAAUUUAAUUGCUACGUUUCUCCAAGCGAAUUCAUCCAAAAAAUAAAAAAAUAAAAAAAAUUGUUGCAGCAAUCAGAGUUUUAAGUUCAAAUAAGUUUCACUGUAAAGCCUAAAGUUGUCUUCUUGCUAACUUUGUGAAACUGUUGUCGUCAGUCGUGUCAGUUGGUGAAAAGCGUCGGUAAUUAGCGUGUUGCGCGUAUAACGUCGUGAGUGUUGUAAUCGUUGGGAAAAGAGAAAAAACAAUUCGUAAACAUACAAACUGACAAUACGCGGCUCGAAAAACUUAAAAUACAAAAUUUAAAAAAUUUGUAUUUUUUAAUAUUUAAUUUUUUAGAAAGAAGCAAAGAAAUUUUUACAAAAAAAAAAAACAACAACAAAACAAACAAAAAAUAACAAGUAGCAGUCGAGUACACAAGUUAAGGGCAAGAAAGUCGAGAGUUGAAGAAGCUGUGAUAUUUGUGAGCAUAUAAAGGCAAGCAACAACAACAACAACAACAACUACUACUACUGCAACUGCAACUACUAAAUACAGAACAUCAAGCAACUCCUCUAUCACAUACAUAAAUAUAUGUAUACAGGAUAUUUGGAAAUUUUCGCAAGCGACAACAACUACAAACAAAGGAGAGGCAUUUUAAAAAUUUUACCUAAACAAAAUAAAACAAAACAAAACAUAACAAUAAAAUAAAAGUAAUAAUUCCAAGGCAACUUUGUAUACGAGCAACUAAAUGCAACUGCAACAAGAACAACGAGUGUAAUCUAAGUGUGUAUACGAAGGCGGCGGCAAUUGGCAAGCGGUAUACCAACUAAAACAAAAAAAAACAAAACAACUACAAAAAUUUCUACACAAUAAGCAGUUAGCAGUUAUACAUUAAAUUUAUGACAGCUGCAUAUGUACAUACAUACAUACAUAUGUAUAUACAUACAACCAUAGAGGAAUCAAGCGAAAAGGUACCGCUGCAAAAUUUGCGACAAAACGAAAUUGUCAAGCCGCUUUAAAACCAACAAAGCAACAACAACAAAUUCAACAACAACCAUUCAACCAACCAAUCCCGAAGCAAUCAAGUAUACUAAAACGCAAAAUUAUAUAUACGAGCACUUAGCGCUAAAUUAAAAAAAAAAUAAUAAUAAAAAAUAUUAUUGUAAAUUAGAAAAAAAAAUACAAAAUUAUUUCAAAACCACAUAUACAAGCAUUGUAUACGAUUUUAAAGCAACAAAAUUAUUAAAUUAUUGGAAUAAAAGAGAACAAACUGAGAAGAAAAAGCAAAAUCUGUAAACAACAAGAACAAAUAAAACACAACAACAAUCAACUGCAAUACAAAAACAAAAGCAAAAAAAAAGAAAAACACAAAACAAAAAUAAAUUUUACUUGCAACAUUAUAAUUAUUAUUAUAAUUAUUACCAUUAUCUAUUAACAUCCAACUACGUUUCGUCGCGUUUUACCGUCGCGUGUGUCAAACAUCAAACAGCAAAUAUAAAUUAUAUAAAAAUAAAUAAAUAAAUAAUAUAUUGCAAACAAAUGUGCCUGUGUUGUAUAAAAAUUUAAAACAUAAAGUAAAAAAUAAAUAAAAAAUAAAAAAAAAUAUUGAAAAACAAAAACAACAAAGUGUAUUUUACAUGAUAAAUCCAUGUCUGCAUUUCACUUGAUGAUGUGUUGUUAUGUCAAGUUUUAAAUAAAACUCAAAACCGUAAAAAAAAACAAACAAAAUUCAAAUACAUACAUACAUAUUAUAAAGUAAGCGUUUAGUGUGUGCAUGUGUGACUUGCUGCGUGCCUAUCACUAAGCAAAAGCCCGCAUCCAAACAAAGUCAACAAAUCUACAAAAACUCAGCGUGUGCUGCUUGCAAAAGUGGCACAGGUCGGGCUGGACAUCGCUCCCAGAGCAUUAAUGGCUCAACCUAGGUAUGACGAUGGCCUGCAUGGCUAUGGUAUGGACUCGGGUGCUGCAGCAGCUGCCAUGUACGAUCCACAUGUCGGACAUCGGCCGCCCGGAUUACAAGGCCUACCCACGCAUCAUUCACCGCACAUGACACACGCUGCUGCGGCGGCGGCAACAGUUGGCAUGCAUGGCUACCAUACUGGCGCUGGUGGUCACGGUACACCUAGUCAUGUAUCACCGGUUGCUAAUCACUUAAUGGGCGCAAUACCCGAAGUACAUAAACGUGAUAAGGAUGCGAUCUAUGAACAUCCACUAUUCCCGCUCUUGGCGCUAAUAUUUGAAAAAUGUGAGCUGGCCACAUGUACGCCCCGAGAACCCGGCGUGCAAGGUGGUGAUGUCUGUUCGUCAGAAUCAUUCAAUGAGGAUAUAGCAAUGUUCAGCAAACAGAUACGAUCACAAAAACCCUACUACACAGCGGAUCCCGAAGUCGACUCACUGAUGGUGCAAGCAAUACAAGUACUUCGGUUUCACCUUUUAGAGUUAGAAAAAGUGCAUGAAUUAUGCGAUAAUUUCUGUCAUCGAUAUAUCUCAUGUUUAAAGGGUAAAAUGCCAAUAGAUUUAGUGAUUGACGAACGGGACACCACCAAACCACCAGAAGUAGGUUCAGCUAAUGGUGAAGGAAGAAGUAAUGCCGAUUCGACAUCGCACACCGAUGGAGCUAGUACACCAGACGUUCGGCCUCCUAGUUCACAACUGUCAUACGGUGGCGCCAUGAACGAUGACGCUAGGUCGCCGGGCGCUGGUAGUACACCUGGCCCAUUAUCACAACAACCACCUGUCCUAGACACAUCAGACCCUGAUGGUAAGUUCUUAUCAUCACUAAAUCCUUCAGAACUAACAUAUGAUGGUCGAUGGUGUCGAAGAGAAUGGUCAUCACCUGCCGAUGCUAGAAAUGCAGAUCCCUCACGGCGAUUAUACUCCUCAGUCUUCCUCGGCAGUCCUGACAAUUUCGGCACAAGUGCAAGCGGUGACGCCAGCAAUGCCAGUAUAGGUAGCGGCGAGGGCACAGGCGAAGAGGAUGACGAUGCGAAUGGUAAAAAGAACCAAAAGAAACGUGGCAUUUUCCCAAAAGUAGCAACAAAUAUCUUAAGAGCGUGGCUGUUUCAGCAUUUAACGCAUCCCUACCCCUCCGAGGAUCAGAAAAAACAGUUGGCGCAAGAUACCGGCUUAACGAUACUGCAAGUGAAUAAUUGGUUUAUCAAUGCGAGACGAAGAAUCGUGCAGCCAAUGAUCGACCAAUCGAAUCGUGCAGUUUACACCCCACAUCCCGGUCCAUCGCCGUACGGUCACGACGCCAUGGGCUAUAUGAUGGAUAGUCAAGCGCAUAUGAUGCAUCGUCCACCUGGUGAUCCGGGUUUCCAUCAAGGUUAUCCCCAUUAUCCACCCGCCGAGUAUUAUGGUCAGCAUUUGUAAUUAACCGAUGGUGUUGAGAGUCACGACCACAGUCAAAGUCAUGGGCAAUCAACUAUAGAGGUGGCGACAGCAGCAGCAGGGACAGCAACAGAAGCAGCAAUAGCAGCAGCAUCGGUGGCAGCAGCUGCCACAUUGGUAUCAACACCACCACUACUAUUAACAUAGCAACAACAACCAUAUAAACAACAAUGAGAAUUGAUUUAAACAAAUAAAAAAAAUUAAAAAAAAAUAAGAAACACUAAAAUGCACCAAAAUUAAAAAAUAAUAAUACACAAUUAAGCAGAAUAAAAUAAUAGCAACCAAUGUGAAAGAGUAUUUUAUGUGCUUGUAAGAAAAUUAACACCAUCCAUACAACGGCUAAUUGUUGAACCCCACAAGCGGCGGCGCAGUUCUGCACGCUGCUAAUAUGCACUAACGCUGGCGUACAACACAAACCUACAAAACAAAUAGAUACACUCAGCUUGAGGAACUUUGACUGUCACUACAACUAGAACUGCAACUUCCUGUAUCAAUCUUUCAAAACUCAUGAACGUGCUUUAUAUUAUUUUAACGCCUUACGCUUCACAUAUACGUAAUUGGAUUCUAAGCUUACAAAAAGAAGAAGAAAAACUAGAAAUCUAAAAUUUUUGGAAAAUCAUUUUAUACAGCGAAACACUUUUUAUGAAAAUAUCUAAAAAUCUAUCAAGACCAUCAAAUGGUUUUGAACAACCCAACAUUGGUUUCCUUGCGGCGCAAAAUAACUAAAAUCCGGUCAGUCGCAACGAAAUCCAAAAAACUCCAAACUGUUACCAGCAAUCAAAGAGUUGCGACCAAAACUCAUUCA